GAUGAAACCCCAUCCACAAUAAGAGAUUCGAAGACUAUUGGAAGAUUCGAAGAUAAUAUGUUGGAAGUUUUUGAUGAAAAUGUUGUGUCGGAUCUGAAAGAGAAAACUCAAUGGUCUACCACACCUUUUCUGCUGGAAAAAUGUGCGCGCAACACACAGCAAGAGGCUGAAAAAGGUAUUACAGAUGAAAAUUUGGCGAAUUCAGUGAUCGAUGUCUCCAACACUUUCGGCCGGGUUGAAUUUCCGUCAUAUUAUAGUAAACUUAGAUCUAUCUGGAACAAUCAAGAUGCUACAAACUAUCAUGUUAUCAAUUUAGGGGAUAAAGAUACAUUAUAUCAGACGCGUAAAUAUGUAGAGCUGUUUGAUCAGAUUAUGGAGGAAGAGAACUUGGAAGAUAUUGAUGAUGACGUAGUUGUGGAUGAAGUAGCUGGCAAUAAUCUUGUAAAUGAAAAUAAUGAAGAGACGAAAAAUAUAGAAGAUAAUGAAGAAUUUAACAAAUCAAUUGCUAAAAUGGAGGAAAUCACGCAUCAAUUGGAUGGCUUACCCGAAAAAUAUCACUACCUAUCCAACACUUUUCCUAUGUCAGCACAAUAUUAUGAUCAAUCUAAAAUGCCUGAUAUGUAUGUUUAUUGUUAA